AUGCCGUUGGAUGGCGCCUCAUUUACCCCCUUGAAUCUCCCCCCGACUUUUACACUCCCACGAUGCCUGGAAUACUUUGAACUCACCGCCGGACCCAACACGGAUCUGUGGCGAAAACCACCUAACGGGGAUACCUCGACUGCGCCCAUUGUCUUUACCUCGCUACGUCACCCUUUUGUCGUCGCCGAGGUCACCGUCAGUGCGGACUGGGAAAUGGAAUGGGAUCAAGGGGGCCUAGUGAUUUUCGCCGGGGCAACACCUCAAUCGUUAUCAUCGAAUGCUCGCAAUGGAUUUUCCUCCACACGUCGCUCAAUCGCAGAUCGGACCACGCUGGCCUCGUCGCUACCACCCUCCACAACGCCGACGACGACAACAUCAACAACAACAUCACCCCCGCGAUCGUCACCACUACCGUGUAAAUGGGUCAAAGCCGGCAUGGAAUUCUCCUCGGGUACCCUCAACGCCUCUUCUGUGAGCGCCACUGCCGACGGGGCAGACUGGUGUGUCUCACCACUCGGACCCGCGAUGAUGAACUCUUCAGGGGGAGGAUGGACCAUCCAAUCUCUACGGAUUAAACUUGAGCGGGUUGGCCAUGCACUCUGGAUCUGGUACCAGGUUCCCCUGGCUGCACCUUACGCAACCACCCCCGGUGCAGUGGGGAGUACAUGGAAAAAGUUACGAGAAGUAACGUGGUUUUUCUAUGGCGUCGAGGAUAAAUUUGUUCAUGUGGGUGUUUAUGCGAGUCGUCCGACAAAUGUGGCUCGGGGUCAGACGAUGUGGGAUGCCAUGCAUGGGUUGACGUUGGAUAGUACAUUGGCGGCGGGACCGACUGAUGGAUUGGUGGUUGAGUUUGAGGAUCUGGAGAUUUUUUAG